AUGGCCAAGUUGCUUGAGGGAGGCAUCUCCCCCAUUGCCCUCCUGGCCCAGGAAGAGCAGCGGCAGGCAGAACAGAAGGCCGGUACCUCAUGGUCGCCUCUCCUGAAGGAGGCCGUUGAUGCCAAGGCUCGCAGCGCCCUCGAGCUCCACAACCAGGGCGAGGGCAGGGACACAAGUGGACCACUGGCGCAGCUGCCUCCAGAGCUCCUCCAGGCCCUCCUUGCCUUCCUUGACUAUAAGUCUCUGUUGGUGCUCGGGCAGACGUGUGCUUGGCUGUAUGGGGUGGUGAUGGACCGCACCCUGGUCAUGGCCAAGCUCCUCGAUCGCUUGGGUGCAGUGCGAGCGGCCUGCUGGGCGAUGGUGUCCCGCAGCAUGGCCCAGCACGCCGCGCGGCCGCCGCUCGCCGGGAUCGCCGCCUUCGAAAAGGUGUUCCACCCGGACGCUCCCCGCAUGGCCGUUUGCGCCUCCAUUCGCCUCUUCCCUCUCCCCAAGGCACUAUCUUCCUUCCGAGAUGAGCUGCCGGUGGUGAUGGCUAGCGCGCUUAGUGAUAAGGCGGUGGCCAUACCGCCUGAGGUACCUGCUGCUGGUGCCGACAUCAACCCGUUUGGCCGGGAGUGCGAGCCUGAUGCCUGGGAGGACUGGAGCGAGCCGGCCACACGCCGGAUUUCCUUCAGCAGGCUGGUUCCCGUCGCCUCCGUCGCCGACUUCGACAAGAUCAUUCGAGCCAACGAGACGAUCAAGCUCUAUUCAAAGACCAAGGUGGAAGUGUGCGUGCCAUCGGCCCAGCACGCCCUUGGCGCCUUGGCCGCUCUGGUGGACUGCGACCAGAUCUCUCUGUGGCACGAACCCUUCUUCGAGAAAAGCGGCUACGCCGGGUGCAGGUUCCUGGUGGCGGGCGGAGGAAGUGGCGCGGUGGUGCAGUGGGAGUACUACUCCAACUUCUGCGGCGGCCUCUACGCCGGCUUCUCGUGCGGCAUGGGCUGA